AUGGCUUAUGAGGGCGGAGGAAGCAUUUUACCUUUAAGUAAAAAAUAGAUAGAAAUGCUUGACAAAUGCAUUGGGCAAAAAGUUUGAUUGAUUUUAAGGGAUGAUAGAGAAUUUUGUGGAGUUUUAAAGGGGCAUGAUGAGUAUUUUAAUAUGGUUCUACAAGAAGUCAAGGAAUAGUAAUGAAUUAAUAGGUGAGCUUGUAGAAAAUCAAAGAAUUCUGACGACAAGGCAUAGCAUCCUGCUUAAUGGAGCCAAUAUUUUGAUGGUAACGCUUACGCAGAUUGUUCCUGGAAGUGAGCCUGAUUAUGAUAGUUAA